CGCUGCCGUGUCGUCGUGUCCGUCGUAAACAUCGAGGACAGCUGAUGUUGGAAAGGUGGCGUUUUUUCGGGUAAAACAGUUUUCAGUCUGCUUCGUGUGUCUGAACAGUUUUAUUCAUGUCCACACGCAGCGCUGGAACGAUUCGUCCGGCCUGUAGCUCCGUCUUAAAACUCUUUUAAUGUUUGACGGCCCGGUUUCAGGUCGGACAGUUAAACCUGCAGCGCUGCUCUGCAGGUAGCCUGUCAUCAGUAACCGGUCACCUGGAGGAGGACCGUGAGCAAAGGAACAUUCAGCUGUGGUCACAGGUUAUAGAGAGUGAACCUCCAUCAUGAGCCUCCCUGCCUCCAUCCACAGCUGGUCCUCCUCCUACUAUGUGGGCGGCGAGCGGCGGUGGCAGAGCGGCGUUCUAUCCCUGAGCAGGACGGCGCUGCGCUUCGUGUCCAGGCAGGCCAGGGCGGGUGAGGAGCAGGAGGAGGUGCUGCUGAGCCUCCACCUGUCCCGCAUCGUGGAGAUCAAGAUGGAGACGUCCAGCUUCAUCUUCGGCACGCUGACCGUCCUGGAGGAGGGGAACCUGAAGCACUGGUUCGGCUCCCUGAAGCCCAACCGCGUGGUGGUCUACACCGUGCUGGAGCACUUCUGGAGGGAGCGCCUGCUGCCGCCCGGCGCCGGGCGCACGGCGCCGUCCAGAGGCAGGGAGCUGAUAGGCCUGGUGGCCGGAGCCCAGAGACAGCUGGAGGACACGGGACGAGUCCUGAGUCAGCAGGGGGAGCAGUUCAGCAGCAUGCUGCAGGACCUGGACAAGAUGGAGUCCGACCUUGGGGUGGCAGACAGACUGCUGUCCGAGCUGGAGUCUCCGUCCUGGUGGCCCUUUGGCAAGCUUCCCUGGAGGACUCAGUCCGAGGCAAAGAGCGAGGCGCCAGGCGGGGCCACGGCCACCGGAGGCGCCCGACCGUCCGGCAGGAACAAAGUGCUGGCGAGCGUCCCGGCCGUGGUGUCCAGGGGAGGGCGCUCGGACCUGAGGCCCGGCGCGCUGCUGCUGCUGCUCUCCUCGCUGGAGGUGCGAGACGCAAACGGUCAGCUGCUCCACCGCUUCGAGCGCGGCGACGUGGACGAGAUCCGGGUCCACAGUCCCUACGAGAUCACGGUCCGACAGCGGUUCAUCGGCCGGCCCGACGUGUGCUGCAGGCUGCUGUCCGCCAAGAUGCCCGCCGCCCUGUCGCUGCUGGAGAUGCAGUACAAGAAGAAGGUGGAGUUCAGCGGCGAGUACGCGGCUUUCCGAGCGACGCCUCUACCCUCGCCGUCGGACUCUCAGGGAGCCUCCUCCUCCGGCGACACGCAGCAGAACCUGGACUGGCAGGCGCCGCCCGAGGUGCCGGCUGGAGAGCUGUCCCAGCUCCAGGUCCUGCAGCCCGAUGUGAGCCAGGCCGAGGCCCAGGAGCUCCGACAGUUGCUGCUGCAGCUGAAGAGUCUGGCGCUGGAGGCAGAGUCGGAGUUGGAGCGACAGGAGGAGGCUUUGGACGUUUUGACCGAGUCGGUCGAUCGGCGAUCGUUAAACAUUGAGAAACAAACAAAUCGCAUGAAGCGGCUGCUGUAAUGCCGUGACCCCGCCCCCCGCCGUGCCAACCAGCUGUGACUCUGGCUGUGACUCCGCCCCCAGCCAUGCCUCCACCCAAACCAGUCGUGACUUCAUCCCCAACCAUGAGUCCUCCCCAACCAGCCGUGACUCCGCCCGAGCUGUGCCUCCACCCCCAGCCUCGACUCCUCCCCGGCCGUGACUCCACCCACCAGCCACCUGUCGUUCUCCACACAGUGUCGGUGGUGACGGAGGGACGUGGCGUCACGCAGACAGAAGCUGGCUACAGUUUGAUGUGAAGCGCAGAACGAUGGCAGUGAAGGAGGAGUCCUCACAUCUGAACUGGAACUUUUCUCCAGCCCACUUGAGAGAUUUACUGUCCACACAGGUUUUGGUUGGAAACAACUUGUUGAAAACGGCUUCCAAGGUGGAAUUUUCUGGAAACACUCGGCCUCUGUGUAGACCGUGGAAAUGCUGCUCCUGGUCCUGGUCCUGGUCCUGGUCCUGGUCCCAGUCCACAUUUUCCCCACUGGACUGUGAAGCCCCGCCCCUCCCAUCUGAGAAACCCUCAAUUAGUAUUUCUGCAUGAGUUGAAAGGUUUUUAAAGAUGAGUAUAAAUGUUUAAAGACUGCAUGUUCUGAUCUCCACGUGGCAAAUGCUGCGUCAUCCAGAAAUGACUCAACUAUGAACUUUCUGACAUGACGACUUUAAAUGAAUCUACUGUCCGACUGGAGUCACCUGCUGUGAACAACCGGUGAGAGAGUGGCCUGCAGAGACUAAACUGUAAAUACUAUAAUGUCUGGUUCUCACAUUAAAGGUAUAAUA